AUGGCUGAGCAAGUCAACUAUCAGGAAUCCCCGUCUCAGGACGCUUCUUCACUGUUCUUCCUGUCUUUGGGCGAUCACAAUCCGACGACCAUCAUCUUACUCCAUGGCGGCUUAUCGUGCCAUCUGGAAUGGAGUGAAGUAGUCCCUCAUCUGGUCGGCCGUUACCAUAUACUCCUCCCGGAUCUGCCUUCCCACUCAGCGUCAAGACACAUUAAGCUUGUGUCGAUUGAGGACGUGGCCAACCGUGUGGCCGACCUUAUUCGAACGCACGCCCACGGCUCGAGAGCGCACGUCGUUGGGCUGUCUAUGGGUGGCUUUAUCGCCCAGCGACUAGCAAUCGAGCACCCUUCACUCGCCAUGUCGCUUUUCGUCACUGGAGCAGAACCAUACAGAGAGGGUUUACGGUUGACUAUUGCCCAUCAGCCGGUACUAGUGUUUUGCGUGGUUUGGCUGAUACUUUUCCUCCCGGAUUGGCUGUAUUGGACGUAUGCGUCGUGGAUUGGGUUUCGACGCCACGAGGCCUUGUUGGUGGAAAUGCGCAAGAACUGCAGCCUAGAGAUGCUGCGUAAUGAGUUUGGGUCUAUUGUUCGGUAUAAACUAUCGGACGUGAAGAGGAUCCAAACGAGGGCGAUCACUGUUGCUGGGGGAAAGCAGGACGAUGUCGCUGGCACCGCGUUAGUGGGCGAUGCAUUGAGAGAAAGAGCCAUUGAAGGUUCUGGGUCGAGGUCUAUGUCGAGAUCGGUUGUUGUAAAACAAGCCUUGCACGCCUGGAAUCUUCAAUAUCCAGCUCUCUUUGCCGCGGGCAUCCUUGCAUGGAUUGAGAAUACGGCUCUUCCCGAGGAAUUCCAGGAUAUCUGA